ACCCCUUGAUCUUUCUCACGCCUACAACUGUCGAGAUUCGCUUCGAGAUGACUUCCUCUCUCGCUCUGCUCCUUCUGCUCGGCGGCGUGGCAGUCUGCACCGCCACGGCCGUCCUCGGCGGUUACAGCGAGAAGACGGACCACCAUAGCAACCCCGAGUACCUAGAACUGGCUCACUACGCUACGUCCACUUGGUCCUCAGAGCAUAGCAGGCCCGGCCAGACGAACUUCGACACCGUGGUGGAAGUGCUUAAAGUCGAGACGCAGACGGUUGCUGGGACCAACUACAGACUGACGCUCAAGGUGGCAGAGUCCACCUGCCCGCUCACGUCCGCGUACAACAAGGACACCUGUUCUGCCAAUGCAGAGGCGCUGCAGAGGACUUGCACGACCGUCGUUACCGAACCCCUGCAGGGAGACAAGUUCGUCAGCUCCUUCGAGUGCACGGCUUAAACUCCCAGCUGCCACCUUUCAGCCCUCUACUGUGAUGACUACCCUGUAAUGACUGGAUACAUAUGAAUACAAAUAUAUCGUACCUUUAUAUAUUA